UUGGUAAAGCUCUAACUAGUAUUUUUUCUAUGACAACUGCAGCACAACAUUUAAAAGCGCGCCUUCUGACAUCAAUAGCUAAAUAUUUCUUGAAUAGAUGAUAUAAAAUUUUUAUCUCAAAACAAUGUAUUGUUUCAUUGUUUCUACGCUACAACAAUAGAGUAACAACUUCUUUCACUGUGUUGAAUGCCAUAGAUUUAAGUGGGUACGCCGUGGCUGCUUCUUUGAUUCCCACCUGUUAGUAUCAGGAUGAAAGUUACUUUCAAGACGUUGAAGCAGCAGACGUUCGUUUUAGAACUUAAGGAAGAUGAUUUAGUUGGUGAUGUUAAAAAAAAAAUCGAAGCAGAAAUGGGUAGUGAGUUCGAUGCAAGCACACAGAAGCUGAUACAUUCAGGGAAAGUUAUGGAAGACACUAAGCGUUUGAAAGAUUACAGAGUCAUGGAUUCAGGUUUUGUUGUGGUUAUGUCUGUCUCAAAAGCGACCAAAGAUACACCUAAAGAACCGACCCUAACCAGUCCUGCCUCUGAUAAUAAACCUGUUGCAGAGAAGAAAAUUACUGUAGUGGAUGUUAAGGAGAACAUUGGCAGUAAAUCGAGUCCUGUCUCCCACAACAGCCCACCUGCAGUUGCCGCCACUCCAUCAGAUCACUGUAACUCUUUGGGCAUUGGUGAAAGUUCACUGGUCACUGGCGAAAAUUUUGAGCGAGUUGUUCAGGAAUUGGUAUCUAUGGGUUAUGAAAGGUCAUCGGUUAUCCGUGCAAUGAGAGCAGGUUUCAACAAUCCAGACAGAGCAUUUGAAUACCUGUUAUCAGGAAACAUUCCGAACGUCGACAUAGUUGAGCAGUCACCGGCUGAAAGAGAAGGAAGUGAAGGCGUAUCUCCAGAAGCACCUGGUGACGUUGAUGUCCCGAGCUCUGAGUCAAUUAACUCGGAUGACCCAAUCACAGUUCUUGCUAGUUUACCUCAAUUUCAACAAAUGAGAGCCCUAGUACAAGCAAAUCCUGAUCUACUACCACAACUCAUUCAACAAAUCGGGAAUGAUAACGCGGAUUUGUUCAGGAUUGACUGUUUUAAUUAGCCUAUGGUGUGUAGUCCUGAGUCUUCCAUAGCAUUUGCGUAGACGCUCUUGUACCAGUUUUUAUGACUUUCGGGUUGCGUCCGUCCCUACCCUUCACACUGCCUAGCUCGGCGUCAUUUAAUAGACUUUAGGUUUAUCGUGUCACAAAUAACUUUAUCUUAGUUUCUGACUUGAUAUCAAAAGCAGAUAUUUAACAGUAUGCUUGUAAGCUAUAUCUGACGUGUCGACUUAUUUACUGUUUUGCUUCUAUCAUCUAACAUUUGGUCUCAAAAAAAAUGAUAAAUGCACACUUCAAAGCUGUUUAUCUACUGUUGAAUUAAUGUGUAUAAAAUUACACAAUAUAUAAAAUAUCACCGUAACAUGUAAAUAUAUUUUUAGCUCAUCCAAGAGAAUGAACAAGCAUUUUUGGAGUUUUUGAAUACUCCAGCCUCCGGUACCCCCGUCCUCCUGGUCAGCGUCAAACUGUGCUUACGAUGACUGCUGACGAACGUGCUGCCGUGGACCGUUUAAAAGCUUUAGGCUUCCCUGAGGAGUUGGUUAUUCAGGCAUAUUAUGCGUGCGAGAAAAAUGAGGAUGCAGCGGCGAAUUUCCUUUUAAGCGAAAACCUGGACGAUGAAAUGGUAUGAAUCAGUAAGCAUGCUUCAAUAUUGCUAUUUUUGUCGAUAGCCGUCGCAGGAGUGUCACGCAUACAUUUGUACCAAAUCUACGUCCAUUUUUCCUUUCCGUACAGCCUUACUCUAAUUACUUCUCUUCAUCAAUUCUUAUGUUUAUCCUUACUAAUUCAUAUUUUCGAAGGUAGUGGUUAUAAAACUAUAUUUAUUGUCGUUUAUAAUGACUUGUCAUUUUAUUGGUGCACACGUACGGCCUAUUGACGUGAAGAUAUUGCUUGUUUUCUAAGAUAUUUAGACUUGUUCGUUCAUGUGGUAUGCAAAACUUUAUUUUGCAACAAUGUAAACCGCUUUCUAUCCUUUUGUUCCACCGUAUUCAAAUGACUGAUUUUGAACUUUUGUUUUUUGGCGUUACUUAUGUGGUUUGUAUUUGGUACGGCAUGAAAUGCAUGUGGUUCUUCAUUUAAAACAGAAGUACCAUUAGUUUUAUGAAUGAAAAAUCUAGUUUUAAAAUUUUCAAGAUCAAAACAUCCGUAUGUCAUUACGAAUAUAUAUUUUUCAUACUCUGGCAUUCUUUUCGUGUUCCUAUGUGAUGGCCGUCUCACAUGUUGGCUGAUGGAAGUCUUCCCAAUACCCUGCCUAGUAUAGUGCAUUUUCUAAAAUAUCGGGUGUUUAUCUAAGUUACUAAAUGAAUCUCGGUCAUUCACGCAGUCUCAUUUGCUUCCUUCUUUCUGUGGCGGUGAGGAAAUCACGAA